AUGAAUGAAAAAAAAGAAAAUAUUUAGGAAUAUAUGAAAUAGUUUGUACAGCCAGUCUAUGAUAAACUAUUAAAAUAAAUACUUUCAGAUAGACCAAGAAAUGUUAUAGAUUGGAGUAUUCGUUGGCUUUAAAAAUUAUGUAUGGAAUUUUGUGAUUUUUAGAAUCCACUUAAUAAAAUUAAAUAUAUCAAAGUGAAGAAGAAGAAGAUGAUGAGGUAGAAGUUUUAGCAAAUAAAAAAAAUUAAAUACAAAAUUCAAGAGCUGGAGCUUCAGUAGAGAUCUAAGGAGAAUUCAACAAAAAAGAAGAUUUCAAACCAAGGUUUAUAGAAAAAACUAAAGAUCAAGUAGAUAGAAUUAGAAAAAAGAUUUUAAAUUCUUUUAUUUUUUAAGCAUUAGAUGAAUAAAACUUAGAAAUUGUUAUAGAUGCUAUGGAAGAGUAGAAGUUUUAGUAAUUAUUUUAAUUUAUCUUAAUAUUUUAGGCCUGGAGACUUUGUUAUUCGUCAAGGUGAUGAUGGAAAUGAAUUAUAUUUUAUUGAUGAAGGUGAAUUGGAAUCCACAAAGAAAAUCAAUAAUUAAGAUAAAGAAACUUUCUUAAAAAAAUAUAUACCUGGUGAAUCCUUUGGUGAAUUUGCUUUAUUGGAUAAUGUACCUCAUGUUGCUACUAUUAAAGCAAUUGAACCUGUUAUAGUUUUUGCUUUAGAUAGAGCAACCUUUAACAAUAUUGUUAAAGAUACAGCUAUUAGAAAGAAAGAAAAAAUGGAAUAAAUAUUAAAUAAAAUUGAACUUUUAAAGUCUUUAGAACCAUAUGAAAAAUUAUAGUUUUGCAAUGUCUUAAAAGAAGUGAAAUACAUCAGAGGAGACAAAGUUAUACAUUAAGUUUUUAUUUAUUAAUAUUUUAAUUAAUUAGGGAGAAUAAGGAGAUACAAUUUAUUUUAUUGCUGAAGGAGAAUUAGAAGCUCAUAAAGAUGGGUAAUCAGAAAAGGUUUAUUCCUACAAAUCAGGUGAUUAUUUUGGGGAGCUAGCCUUAUUAAAAAACACUCCUCGAUAAGCAACAAUUAUAGCAACCGUACUAAUGUAUUUUAAUAAUUCUCUUAGACAGAUUGUACACUCUAUUAUUGUGAUUUUAAAUCAUUUAAUAGAAUGAUGGGUCCAUUGGAAUAAAUUCUAAAAAGAAAUGUUGAAAGAUACGAGAAUUAUAUUAAAUGA